GAGAGUCAUCUUGCAGAGGAGAUCGAUGGACUAGGGUAGCUUUAAGCUGUUUACCUAACAGGUACAGGUCAAGAAGUAAGGAGAUACAGGGGUCCUGAUUUUGUUGUCAUUUACUGCUGUUUUCCACACUCUCUGCUUUCUGUACCUUCUCGUUAUUUCUCACCCUAUUCAACAGGCAGACCCCAUCUUUCUAAACAUGAAGGUUUCUAAUGUUGUUAUGUGUUUUUCGGCCAUCGUGGCCGCUCACAGCGACCACGAUAGUGAUCAAGAGCCACUUGCCGGUCCGCAUCAGGGAUUGUGGUAUAAUACAUUGCCUGGAGAUGGUGGCACUCAAGCAGAUUCUGUCUUCUCGGGCAUCUCUACCUUCGGUCGCAUCCAAUAUCACCCUUGCCUCUCAAGUCACCAUGUGAGAUACGAUAUCGCAUUCAUUGGCGCUCCGUUUGACACGGGAACUUCAUACCGCCCAGGAGCCCGGUUUGGGCCAAGCGGAAUCAGGCAAGGUUCUCGCCGCCUUAAUUUAUAUGGCGGCUACAACGUUCCUUUGGGCGCGAAUCCUUUUAAUUCUUGGGCUAAGGUCCUUGAUUGCGGUGACAUUCCAGUAACCUCCUAUGACAAUGCUUAUGCUCUCCAGCAGAUUGAAGAAGGCCAUAAUUUGUUACUGUCACGUGCGCCGUACACGGACGCUUCAAUACCCGGCCCUUCGAAGAAAGGAAGAACAUUGCCACGAUUGAUCACGUUGGGAGGUGACCACACCAUCACACUUCCAUUAUUGCGCUCUAUUAACCGGGAAUACGGUCCUGUGAGCGUGAUCCACUUUGAUAGCCAUCUCGAUACUUGGAAGCCAAAAGUUUUUGGUGGCUCUCCGAGCCAACAGGCUAGCAUCAACCACGGAACCUACUUCUUCCACGCCGCGCAAGAAGGUCUCCUUGCCAACGACUCUAACAUCCAUGCUGGAAUUCGCACAACGCUCUCGGGCCCGUCCGAUUAUGAGAAUGACGGCUACUGUGGGUUUGAAAUUGUCGAAGCUAGGGAGAUUGACAAGAUCGGCACUGACGGCAUCAUUAAGAAGAUCAGGGAUCGUGUUGGUACAGAGAAGCCAGUGUAUCUGAGCAUCGACAUUGAUACUCUUGACCCGGCCUUUGCCCCUGCAACGGGCACUCCAGAAACCGGUGGCUGGUCGACUCGAGAGUUGCGAACAAUCAUUCGCGGUCUUGAGGGGGUCAACCUCAUCGCCACCGACAUCGUAGAGGUUGCACCUGCUUACGAUACAAAUGCCGAAUUGACGACGAUGGCCGCUGCGGACGUGCUUUAUGAGGUUAUGACGCUCAUGGUUAAGAAAGGCCCGCUUAGUGGAACAAGAAAGGAGGAAGUUCCAGAGCUUAAGGCGUAGAAGAGAAAAUUUUAUGG